AUGAAAAUGCUUCGGUUCCGCAGCCCCAGCAUCCGCUCCCUGGACCAGGAGGUCCUGUGCACGAUCCGGCUCCUGGACGACUCCGAGAUCUCCUGCAGCAUCCAGAGAGACACCAAAGGCCAGUUCCUGUUGGACCAUGUGUGUAACCAUUACAACCUGCUCGAGAAAGACUACUUUGGAAUUCGAUAUGUGGACCCCGAGAGACAGAGGCACUGGCUGGAGCCCAAUAAGCCUGUGGUGAGGCAGAUGAAGACUCAGCAGCCGUACACCAUGUGCUUCCGGAUGAAGUUUUAUCCCAACGAGCCCAUGAAAAUCAAGGAGGAGCUCACCAGGUAUCUCCUGUACCUCCAGUUGAAGAGAGACAUCUACCAUGGUCGCCUCCUUUGUCCUUUUGCUGAAGCUGCAUAUUUGGGAGCCUGCAUCAUACAGGCUGAACUUGGGGAUUAUGACCCGGAGGAGCACCCGUCAGACUACAUCAGUGACUUCAAGCUGUUCCCUAAACAAUCCCUCAAACUGGAGAGGAAGAUUAUGGAAAUACAUAAGAAUGAGCUCAGGGGCCAGUGUGCUUCGUUUGCAGAGUUGAACAUGCUCCAAAGGGCUCACAGCCUGGAGACGUAUGGAGUGGACCCUCACCCAUGCAAGGACUUUACAGGCUCUACAGCGUUUCUCGGGUUCACAGCCACAGGGUUUGUGGUGUUCCAGGGAAACAAGAGGAUCCACCUCCUCAAAUGGGUGGACGUCAGCAAGCUGAAGUUUGAAGGAAAAACUUUUUACGUCAUAGGGAUCCAAAAAGAGAAGAAACUGGUGUUGACAUUUCACACCUCGACCCCUGCAGCGUGUAAGCACUUAUGGAAGUGUGGGGCAGAGAACCAGGCCUUUUACAAGUGUGCAAAGUCGAGUCAGAUAAAGACAGUUACCAGCAGCAACAUCUUCUUCAAAGGAAGUAGGUUCAGAUACAGUGGAAGAGUUGCCAAAGAGGUGAUUGAAGCUAGUUCUAAGAUUAAGAGAGAGCCGCCUGCAGUCCGCAGAGCCCAGUUUGGUCAGAGUCGAAGUUUUAACUCAUUGAGCCAUAAAAACCUCAUCAUGAACAUGGAACCUCUGGUACCUGCACUGCCCUCCCCUAACGAAUACGAAGAGACAGCCCCAGACAAUGGUGUUGUUGCUGUGAAGGACUCUGUUCCCUUGUCUCCUCUCAAACCUUCAGCUGUAUCCACAGUCACAGAGCAACAAGGGACCGAAGGAGGAAACUCUGCUUUGAGCACUGACCUGCAGCCUCCCCGUGUUUCCAUGGAAACCUCCACUCUCCGACCUCAGACGCCCAAAGCUGAAGAUGAGGCGCAGGAAGACGACGGGGCCGGUGGCCCCCUGACCAUCUCUGAGCUGGUCUACAGCCCCUGUGCCAGCAUGCUGUCCACCCCUGUAGAUGACAGCCAGGGAGGCGUCGACCUGCUCUUCUCCUCCCCGGUCCAGAGCCCCGCCAGGAUGCUGAGGGAGCUCCAUGCUGACCCUGACAUCCAGGCCCAGCUGGAGGCCGAGAGGGAGCGAGACCGGGUCUACGAACGCACCCGGCUGGCUACUAGGAGCCGAAUGGGAGGCGUCCUGACCAGCAGCCUGCGCCUGCUCUCGUCCAACGAGAGAGUCAAUGCCUGUGUGCUGAGCGUGGCCCGCUUCGUGGCCGUGGUUAUGGGCGUCCUGCUGGUCACUGUGCCCACACUGCUGUUACUGCUGGAGUCUGACAUCGACGUAUCGUUCCUCCACGAGAUCCGCCAGACGCCAGAGUUCGAUCAGUUUCACUACGAGUAUUACUGCCCGUUCCGGCGCUGGAUCCUGUGUAAGAUCAGCAUGGCCAUGGAGAACCUGUGGUCAGACUGAGGAGGGAGAGAAAGAGAAUGAGGAGGAAAGUGAGAGGUCACUGUGGGGGAAUCACACGCACCCAAAUGUCUGUCUUAACUUUGAAUUUAAUCUUAUUUUCAGUCUUAACAACUGGUGCCUCAUGAAACACAAGUCUGCCAAUGGUGUUAAAUGAUUUCAACCAUCCAAUCUAUUUCAGGAGCAGGUGGAAUACAUCACCGAUGACAACUCCACAAAAUUACAUAUUUUAUAUUUAUUUGAAAAAGGGCCUCGUAUGGAAACAUUGACAGUAAUGAAGUAGCCCUCUGGAUUCUCUCAUCAGAUUGAUGUGUUUCACCUCUUUGGCAGCAUAGGCUAAUUACUGUCUUACAGAAAAGAGAGGUAAGAUUUCUAUCACAGGAUCUAAUUACUUGUUAAGAUGGACACUUGGCAGUGAUGAGAUAAAAAAAUACUGUUAGCGCUCAAGGAAGAACUUGUGGAAGUGAGAGAUGAAUGAAUUUAGAAAUAAGAGGGAGGUAAUGAACAGAGAAAACAUCAAAACAAGAGGGAAAGUCAGUUGGUUUGGGUUUCACUAGAAGAUUGAAUGGUCUGUUCACUCCUGAUGCUGACAAAUUGAUGCAAGAGACAUUUUUGGUAAAUAUUACAACCGUUCUGAUUGGUUCUCGUCCUCAGAGCAGAGCGUCCUGUCAGUCAUGACGGAGUGAGUGGGAACAGAGAGCGACCAAGAGAUUAUUGAUCUGUCACUGGAUGAAACAAUAGCCACCGUCAGAGGUACAUUAUAUAAUAUAUAUAUAUUUAAAACAAAGCAGAAUAUUGAUGAUUAAUACCAAUCUUAAAUAAGUUGUUUUUAAAUGUUUUGUACAUUUUUAUGUGAU